GUCACUCAUAGCUACAACGCUCUGCUCUAAUAAUUGCUGUAAUACUAAAGAGUUAAUGGAAAGCGUUAAUUAUUAACUAUUGAUAUCUGGCUAGUGUGACAGAACAAGCGACCUAUGUGAUUGAAUUGUUUUUCACUGCGUUAAAUGUUCAUGUUAUGUAAGUUGCUCAGAGCGCUCAGUCUAUUAACACGUUUUUGGUGAUAACUUGAUGACUUGAAGUAUUGUUGAUUGCCUAACAGAAUUCAAGUGUUUCGCGUGAUUGUUAGUUGCUACUGAAUAAACGCUUAAUGUCAAUAGUUGAUGAAUAAACGGAUCUGUGCAACUGUGAAAAAACGAACGUGUUGGACUAUUAUACUCGUACACUGAUCAUGUAUUCGGAAAACUUGCUUUAUGAAAUGGAUCAUCACCAUACAAGCGUACAGGUUUUGAACAUCGGCGUCGAACAUUUGUCUCAAGAGGAACAAGAUCUGCAGUUACAUGAGUUGCCGACCAACACCGCAUCUCAAGACAGCCUAGAACAAAGCAGGCCAAGGAGGAAAUUAUGUCAACGUGGCUAUUGCAAAUUGAUGAUGUUUUGUGGCGUAUUAUUGGUGGGCCUAGGCGUGGUUGUCGGACUUCUUAUAAACAAUUAUUCGAAGAAACAGCCGGAUCAAUCCGCAAAUGCUCAGUCCCAACCUUCUGCUGUGGUCGCCCGUAACAGUGUAUUAACUGGACCCGAUACGCAGGGAUAUAUCAAAUACAUCAUCGACGUUAAGGGAAGUUCGUGUCAAGGAGGUGACUGCAGGCUGUGCAAGUGGACUAUAAAUGCCCCUGUUAAACCAGUAAUACACCAUGAUGGUAGUGAUUGCCCUAAAGCCAGUAAAAGCCACGCGGGUUAUCGCAACUGUACCGCUUAUCCUAGCUUGGGUUGCAUUGGCAAGUGUAUGGACUGCAACGGCACGUGUAUGAAGUACAGCAGCAUGGUUCGGUAUCUAGGCGAAGAUUCGCCUUGCACAGAAGAUGAAGAAAUAAUUGAGUGUUGCACGCUGCUGCAUAUGCGACCGGAUGAUUACUGUCUAAACGGCGGGAAAUUAUUGUGCGAAGAUAAAAAUAAUCAACCAUACUGCUCGUGUCCGAAGGGAUGGAUCGGAUCCCGUUGUGGGAGUCGAAUGACUGAGAAUAUGACCUGUAAAUGCUUCAAGACCGACAUCAAGUGGAACUCUUUCUGUGGGGAAAAUGAUAUGUACAGUUGUACCGACGACGACAGGCCGGAAAACUGGACAGAGUGCCGACAAAACAUCGAGGGGUCGAAGUUCAGUCGAUGUGUUUGUGAAAAGUCUGAAGUACAUCACUCUACGGAAUCCUUACCCGAAUGUUCCUCUGUUGAAAUAUCGCACCCGGGGGUAACGUCUGCACAUGGUCCCUAUAAUUCCGGAAUCACAAAGGAGCCGUGGUUUAUUGGAAUGAUCGUCGCCCUGGGUGGCAUUGUGGGGCUGGGACUCUGUAUCUUCACUGUGUGGCUGUGCCGGAACCGACAGUGCCGAAAGAAGCUUAAAGAGACGUGGUACAACUCUGGUGGUCAGAACGGCACAGAUAAAGUGAACGAAAGGUCGACACAAGUUCCCGAAAGACAAACAACGUCAAGCAGCAUGGGUACAAGCUAUUCGACGGGUGAAAACAAAGUUCGAAAUCUGGACUCCAUCCGAAUACUCGUACGUGUGUGAAAACCACUUCACCGAAGAUGAUUACCACACAAUAACAUAUGCAGGAAAUGAAAGACGUAAGCGGGCAUUGCGAAAAACAGCUGUCCCUAGUAUUUUUUCCUGGCGAACAAGGCGACUAUUGCUAAGAGCCAGGAGAGAAAGGAACGUCGUCUAGAAAGAGAAAACCGGAAACGUAAGCUGUUUGAAGAUGUAACAAAUAUGGAACAGUCUGGUGAAAACACAAGCUUUGAACCAGAGUACAUUGCCACAAAAAUUGACAUUGUUACCUCUGAUAUCGAUGUGGGUGCUAGCGAAGAAGUUGUGACACAGCAGGAAUGUGUCGAGCAAAUAAUCUCGAUCACAGAUGAAAAGGUGACAUUUAUGGACUCAUUUGUACAAACAGAGUGUGAAACGGAAGAUGCGGCAAUACAAACAACAACUACACUUGCAUUUAGCAUCAACAAGUUCGAGGAUGAUGAAGCUGCUGUUCAUUUCUACAGUGGACUCGAAAAUUACAUGAAGUUCUUUUUUGUUUUGAACACACUCGGACCAGCAGCAUACCAUCUUAAUUAUGUGUAUCAUUCUAUAACAAGUAUAAGUGUUGCUGAUCAAUUUUUUAUUACGUUGAUUAAAUUAAGGCGACACAUGACAAACUUUGAACUGUCGCGAUUAUUUAAUGUUUCGGAAAGUGUUGUGUCAAACAUUUUCAUUACGUGGGUCUUGUUCAUGGAAAAACAGUGGAAAGAAAUUAACAUUUGGCCAUCACAAACUUUAGUCCACUAUUUUGCUCCAAGCAGCUUCAAGAGACUGUACCCCAAAACACGGGUUAUAAUUGAUGGUACUGAGUGCCCAAUUAAAAAGCCGAAGAAUCCAACAGCUCAACAAGCCACUUUUUCGACUUACAAGAACCGAAAUACAGUUAAGGUUUUGGUUGGCAGUACCCCUGGCGGUCUUAUUUCUUAUGUGUCUCCAGCCUAUGGGGGUGCUACAAGUGAUAGGCAAAUAGUUGAACGGAGUUCACUGACCAGGCUUUGUUCCAAAAGUGACAGUAUAAUGGCUGAUAAAGGUUUCAAUGUGCAGGACAUUUUUGCACCACAUGAUGUGCAUAUCAAUAUACCAACCUUUUUUAAGAAGCAAAAUAGAAUUUCGAAUGAAACUGCUAUUAAAGAUAGAAAAAUUUCAAGUAAACGUGUUCAUGUAGAAAGAAUUAUUGGGCUAGGAAAAACAUACAAAAUUUUAACUGAACCUUUGACUAGCACAGAGACUUAGUUGUCAUCAGAGAUAAUUUUUGUUUGUUUCAUGCUAUGUAAUUUCAGGAAUGGCAUAGUGUCUACAUAUGCUCAAAGAAUAGCUACAAUCAAAGUUUUGUAUGCAGCUAAGAGGAUUAAAAUGUCAAAUUUGUAUUGUCAAUAAACAUUCUGCAAAAAAUAUGUCAGAUGUGCGCUCUGGUUAUGAGUGUUAAGAAGUACAUGUAAUGAGAGUAAUUAAGCUAAUGGACAUGUGAUUGGAAGACUGUUUUUUUUAUAGUUUUCAUUUCUUAAGUUUAGGUUGAUGUAUUACAUGUGAUUGCUUAAUAAAGUUCUAAAAUAG